AUGUGUCUCAUUUUCCUCACUUCUAGAAUGCUGAAGGCCCUGGUACUGCUUUUCCUGGCCUGGGUCUGUUUCCUCUUUUAUGCUGGCAUUGGUCUCUUCACCAGUGGCUUCUUGCUUACCCGUCUGGAGCUUACCAAUCACAGCAGCUGUCAGGAGCUGCCUGGAAAGGGAACUUUGGUUGGAAGUGGCAGAGGUGAGCCAGGGGCCUGCUGGACAGCUCCCCGAUUUUCCCGAGCUGUGAUAGUGCUGAUAGAUGCACUUCGAUUCGAUUUUGUGCAACCCUGGCCAGGUGGCCCUCCUGCCCCACAACCUUUCCUAGGAAGGCUGGACUCCAUACGUCGCCUUCUGGAAGCCCAGCCACAACAUGCUCGCCUCUACCGAUUCCUGGCUGACCCACCCACCACUACCAUGCAAAGACUCAAGGCCCUCACCACAGGCUCUUUACCUACCUUUGUUGAUGCUGGAAGCAACUUUGCUAGCUAUGCCAUCCAAGAGGAUAACCUUAUUGCUCAGCUCAACAACACCGGGAGACGAGUGGUCUUCAUGGGGGAUGACACUUGGGAAGGCUUGUUCCCAGGAGCUUUCUCUCAAGCCUUCUUCUUCCCGUCCUUCAAUGUAAAAGAUUUACACACUGUGGACAAUGGCAUUCUGGAGCACCUGUACCCAACCAUGGACAGAGAUGACUGGGACCUGCUGAUUGCUCAUUUCCUGGGUGUGGAUCAUUGUGGUCACAAACAUGGUCCCCACCACCCUGAGAUGGCCAAGAAGCUCAACCAGAUGGACCAGAUGCUUCAGACCCUUGUGGAGCAACUUGAGAAUGAUACCUUGCUGGUGGUGGCUGGAGAUCAUGGCAUGACAGAGACAGGAGACCAUGGUGGGGACAGUAAACCAGAAGUCAUGGCUGCACUCUUUCUCUAUAGCCCUUUGCCCCUUUUCCCCAGGAUUCCCGUAAAGGAUCCAGAAGUGGUUCCCCAGGUGAAUUUGGUGCCAACGCUGGCCCUUCUACUUGGCCUACCCAUACCUUUUGGAAAUAUUGGAGAGGUGAUGGUGGACCUGUUUUCAGGGGAAGGAGAUACCCAGCCUCUUGCUACAGCUCUUGCCCAGGCCUCUGCCUACCAUCUCAAUGCCCAGCAGGUAUCACGAUUUCUUCAUGCUUACUCACUGGCUGCCCAGGACUUACCUCCUGAGGAACUGAAGCGCCUUCAGAACCUCUUCACCUCUGCAUCCUCUGACUAUGAGCAAUUGCUGGAUCAGCUGAAGACUGGAGAGGUCAGAGAGGCUGACAUACAGGCUCUGAUCUCCCAGCUGAGAUUGUUCUUGCGGGGGGCACGGACAGCCUGUACAGAGACAUGGGCUCGAUUCCGCCCUGCCCGAAUGAUAGGGGGCACCAUACUUCUGGCCUCCACCUGUCUCCUUUGCUUAGUAACCUCUAGGCUAACCAGCUCGCCUGACUUCCCUUUCCAUUGUUUACUUCUAAGGGCUGUGGUCUGGGGUCUGGCAGGGGCUAUUUUGCUAGCUGGGGGACUCAUGGCCACUGGGAUAGGGUUAGAGCCAUCUCUGUUAUGUGCAGGGAGUGCAGCUACCUCCCUCAUAGACUUCCUGUGGGCUUUAAAAUCAAGGGGUAGUCCACCAAUGGCAGUCUUCCUCCCAGGCCCUUUGCCCAUCCUGGUGCUCUUGUUCCUCCGCUCUGCUGCCCUUUUCUCUGAUAGCUUUGUCCUGGCUGAGGCAUGGGCAGCCCCCUUCCUUCUGCGUUCACUGUCCCUGUUUCUUGUGGCUCAGUUGCACUGGGAAGGCCGGCUGCUGGUGGGGGCCUCCACAGCUUGCCUCAGCUCCCCCACAGCAUCUGUGGCACGGCGGGAGGGUCCACGGGCCCUAGGGCUACUGGUUGGCCUACUCCUCUGUGUUCGACUAUCUAGUCUCUUCCAUCGCUGCCCAGAAGAGACACCUGUUUGCCAGUCAUCACCCUGGUUAGCUCCUCUAGCCACAAUGGGUGGUAGUCAGGCCAAGAACCUCUGGUAUGGGGCAUGUCUAGGGACAUUAGGGGUGCUGGUCCUAGCCGUACGAUUUUGGCUGCGCCGCUGUGGGAAUCUUAAUAGCCCUGCACCUCCAGUCCUCUUUGUGCGCUGGGGACUGCCACUGAUGGCACUGGGCACUGCUGCCCAUUGGGCAUUGGCUUCAGGCACAGAUGAGGCACCCCCCCGGCUGCAAGCCCUGGUGUCUGGGGCUGUGGUCGGAUUGCCCCGGGCUGUUCUGGGUCUGGCGGCCAUAGGUCUAGGACUACUGCUUUGGCAGCCUGUCACAGUAUUGGUCAAGACUGGGGCAAGCAGCCCCAACCACAUCAUUGUUCCUUUCGUGGGACCUCCGGCCUCCCAAGCUGACUUGGACUAUGUGGUCCCCCAGAUCUACCGUCGAAUGCAGGAGGCACUGAGGGGGAAGCUAGCCAGGGGUGGGGGCCAGACACCACUGGCACUGGCUGCCUACGGGCUGGGGAGUGUGUACUCUGCCGCCGUGGUGACCGCUCUUGCCCUGCUGGCCUUCCCACUGCUGCUGCUGCACACUGAGCGGAUCAGCCUCGCCUUCCUGAUCCUCUUCCUGCAGAGUUUCCUACUCUUGCAGCUGCUCGCCACUGCUGUCGGGACCCCUGCUGGAAGCCCUGGUCCCUUCUCCGUGCCAUGGCUAGCCAUCUCUGCUUGGGCUCUCACAGCCACACAGACCUUCUACUCCACCGGCCAUCAGCCUGUCUUUCCAGCUAUCCACUGGAAUGCUGCCUUUGUGGGCUUCCCUGAGGGGCAUGGUUCAUCCCCUGUGCUGCCUGCUCUGCUUGUAGGGGCAAAUACCUUUGCCUCCCACCUUCUUUUUUCAGUUGGCUGCCCAUUGCUCUUGCUCUGGCCCUUUGUGUGUGAAGGCCAAGGCUCUACAAAGAGGAAGAAGGCCAGUGGGGCUGAGGUAGAAGGAGAGAAGGAAGAAGAGCCUUUGAUGGAGAUGCGUCUCCGGGAUUCCCCUCACCAUUUCAAUGCUGCUCUUCUGCAGCUGGGCCUCAAGUAUCUCUUUAUCUUGGGUGUACAGGUCUUAGCCUGUGUUCUGGCAGCUUCCAUACUCCGGAGGCAUCUCAUGGUUUGGAAGGUGUUUGCUCCCAAGUUCAUCUUUGAAGCUGUGGGUUUUGUGGUGAGCAGCCUAGGGCUCCUCCUGGGUGUGGCCCUGGUGAUGUGGGUAGACAGAGCUGUGGGGUCUUGGUUCAAGCGGCUCAUCCUUUCCCAAGAGAGUUAGUUUUUAUCACAUGGACCUUGGGACCAACCUUUCCUCAUGCACCCAGAGCAAGUGAGCCCUGGAUUCACCUCUACAUGGCUUGUCCUACAGUUGUGGGAUGGCCUUUUGCUGGAACUCCUGGUGUGGCUGGCUCAUCUGCAUCUCCUGCUCCAGAGAGGGUGUGUACCUUACUCUCAGGGGGUCUAUAGGAAUGGGUCACACAUUUGUGGAACCAGAUGAUAGCAAUGACUUUACUGGAGUUUUCACAUUCAACAUCAGGCAGAGGACCCAGGUCUGAGCUGAAAUUGUCUCUCCUAUGGAAGGGUUGGGGUAGGCCAAGCUUAGAAGCUGCACGGAAGCACUGGGCUUGACCCUAUCCUCCCUAUUGAUUUUCUCUUCUUAGCUGACCAAACAAAAUGACUCUUUCUUUACCUAAGUGAGGUUGGGUUAAUGUGAACCUGAGGCACUGGAGAAAUUUGGGGUGGGCAUCUGGUGAGGGAAGUGAGCUACUGUAUACCGAGUGAAAUAAAACACUGGAGACAUGUAUGUGUGAAAGAAAGAGAGAUACCAAAGCGGGGACUUAUGGAGUGGGAUUGUGUUGGGGAGGAACACUAUCUGUACUCAAUUCCUCUCCUAUCCCAGUCAAUUUCUCUCAUGCCAUAUUGCAAUAUAUCUUCUUGGAUCUGCACCCCUCACUCCCUUCAGUUAUCACAAUAUCACAAAAGGAGACAGCUUCUACCUUUAGGAAAUUCACAUUUUAGAGUGAGGAGAACAAAAGUCUUCCAGAAUUAGAGAAUAACAUAAGAUAGUUGUAGGAUUCUCUUUCACACUCAUUGUUGCUUCCCUAGUCUAUGCCCCUCAUUUCCUUCAUUGGGAUUUUUGCAUUGGUUUAACUGGGCUUGUCUUCAGGCUCUCCUUUCUCCACAACAUCCUGGACCUUUGAAAUUCAGUACUUACUAACUGUCUGAUUUAGGGUAAUUAACUUCCUAGUCCUGAAUUUUCUUAACUUUAAAAUGAGACAAUAGCUGCUUCCUAAGGUUUCUUUUAUCUCCAAACCUAUGAUCCUAUGAUAAUCUUUCUUACAGCACUCCCCUACUUAAAAUUUAAUUUUCAUUAUCUCUUCUGUUGUCUAUUGUCAGUUCCUCUAAGUGCCCAACAUCUCACUCCAACUUGUCUCUGUCAAACCCAUAGGUCAGCUUUACCACCCUGAAGGUGUGGUACUCAACAAACGGGAAGAAGGGCAUAUACAUGGGCUAUUCUAGAGCCCUAUAAUGUGUGGAUAUUGACCAUAUUCUUGGCUCCAGUAUCUCAAGUGGAACUCUUGGGAAUGAAAAUUUACCUGCUAUAUUUGUUGCUAUCUUUGCAUUGUAACAGUUGUUAAGGGUUGAGGGAACCUGGUUAUAGGACAAAAAAUGUAUACUUUUUGUGUGCUGGAUAUGCCUGGAUUAUAUUGAAGUUAAUCCAAUUUACCUCACAGAUGAGAAAGUUUGAAGAUAGAUUCUUUGGUAGAUUCUUAGCAUAUAGCCCAGUGAUUCCCAAAGUGGGCGCCACCGCCCCCUGGUGGAUGCUGCAGCG